AUGCCUAUGGAUCUACCACCCGGGACUGUGGGGAAUCUCACACCAGAGCAGGAAGCCAAGCUGCAAGAGCUUUGGGUCCUGCUGUUGAAGGUCUGCGGUGUCAAUUUGGAUGCUAUUGAACAGAUUCAGCAGCAGAACGGCGACGCUGCUGCAGUAAGCCAACCCCAAGAUAAGAAGAAACAGCCCAAACGGAGUAGGUUCGGUCUUUUCGGGCGGAGCAACACGGAUGAAGAGGAAGAUAGCGCUAGCGACAAGGGGACCAACGGGAUCGCUUCGAGUCUCGCUUCUAUCAGCAUCGCCGAUGGAGAUGACAAGUAUGGCCAAUCGAAGGAGUUCCAGCAGGCGCUUGUGGAUAUGAAGCCUGAGGAGAUCCGGGUGACUCUUUGGAAUAUGGUCAAGCAUGACAACCCCGAUUCUCUGCUCUUGCGCUUCCUGCGCGCGCGAAAGUGGGACGUCAAGAAGGCUCUGGUCAUGUUGAUCUCUACGCUUCGCUGGAGACUGCUGGAUGUGAAGUUGGAUGAGGACAUCAUGCAGAAUGGCGAGCAAAGUGCUCUGAAGAAAUCCCAGAGUUCGGAUCCCGCUGAGAAGAAGGCCGGUGAAGACUUCCUGUUGCAGAUGCGCAUGGGCAAGAGUUUCCUCCAUGGUGUGGACAAGCUUGGCCGGCCGAUCUGCGUCGUCAGAGUGCGCUUGCACAAGGCCGCCGACCAGGAGACAGAAGCUUUGGACCGGUUCACUGUGUACACAAUUGAGACCGCUCGCAUGAUGCUUGCACCUCCAGUCGAAACAGCUUGUGUUGUCUUCGAUAUGACCGAUUUCUCCCUAGCAAACAUGGACUAUCACCCGGUGAAGUAUAUGAUCAAGUGCUUCGAAGCCAACUACCCGGAGUGUCUGGGAGUUGUUCUGAUUCACAAGGCUCCUUGGAUCUUCUCAGGUAUCUGGAAUAUCAUUAAGGGCUGGCUCGACCCUGUGGUCGCCUCUAAGAUCCAGUUCACCAAGAAUGUCCAGGACUUGGAGAAGUUCAUUCCCAAAGAUCGCAUCAUGAAAGAGCUUGAAGGUGACGAAAACUGGGCCUACAAGUAUGUCGAGCCUCAACCCGACGAGAACAAGCUUCAGGAGGACACAGCCAAGCGGGACGAAAUGGUGGCCGAGAGACAGCAGCUGGCGCAGGAGCUUCAAGGCGCCACCAUCGAGUGGAUCUCUUCGACGAUGAAGAAGGAUGAGAGCGCCGUCAAGGCGGCGGUAGACAAGAGAAAGGACCUGAUCGAGCGCUUAAGAAUCCAAUACUGGCAGCUUGACCCAUACGUUCGGGCCACCUCCUUGUACGAUAGACUAGAUGUCAUCCAAGGUGAGGGUAAGAUCGAGUUCUAUCCCACGAAGAGCAAGGUUGAGGGAAACGCACUUAACGACGGGAAGGCCGAGUAA